AUGGAGAUCUACAACGCAACGGACGGCGUGUGGUCCACGGGCAAGUGCGACGGGGCCUGCAAGGGGGAGAUGCUGGCGAGGGCCCUGAUCGCCACCUACGGUGCCAGGACGUGGCGCCCCGACCCGGACAGCGGGAAGUGGCGGCUGCAGGUGAGGGACGACGUGAUGCUCUUCCAUACGGCCCCGAUUCUCUCCUCGGUGGGCGCGAUGCUGAGCAAGCUGGACAACGGCGACUGCAUGCCGCCGCUGGACCAGGAGCGCCAUCACCACUUCCAGAUCCACUUCAAGGGUGGGGACAAGCUGAGCUUCCUCGCCCACCCGCCUCCUCUGCAAGACUUUUUGGACGACGACGAAUUCAUGGAGUACCAGCAUCCGGAUAGGCUCCGCUUGGCUCGGGCCAUUCUGAAGGCCAUGGCCUGGUUGACGGAGGGCGGCGACUGUCGGGAUGGCGUCAUGGUCCUCCCCGAGGACAUUGUCGAGGAGCUGGAAGCGGCGUCCAUGGGGCACGCAAUGUGGCGCAGCAUCUUUCGCGACCCGCACGGCGGCGACUGGAACGUGGCGCUGUUUCAAGCCAGGCUCAUCUUCGAGAGCGUGGUGGGCAAGGCCGCGAAGAAGAUCGAGUUUGCGACGCUCAAG